AUGCCUCAACCACGAAGUGCCAUUUCCAAGCCCGACUUCAGCUCCUCUGGCCUGGAAGAACAAGAUCAAAAUAUAGAGAUAGGUCCAUUUCCCCUGAUAUGUACAAUCAUAUGUACACAUGUGCCCGUUUGUAUCUUGCAGAAUAAGACCAAACCUUUCAUGCAAUACGAUGUUGCCGCUGCAUCCCUAGGGGAAGGCCCACUUUGCAUGCCGCAAUGCGUUUGCGACCGACUCUAUCCACAUCGAAUGGGACUUUGCGCAGACAAUAACCAUUUCAUACCAGGGGUAACGAAAAAAAAGUGGAUUAAAGGUAACCUUGCAAGGGCAUUCGCACCAAAGAAGGAGACCAAUACGAAAAGAACGGCUAACUUAACCAACAAUUGCUUCACCCGCUUAUGGAUGACGGCCAAAGUUCUUCAUCAACGAGGCUCUGCGGUUGAAAAAGCAAAAGGGUGA